AUGGAAUAUAGCAAAGAAAAAAAAGUUGGUGAAGGUACUUAUGCUGUGGUUUAUUUGGGUACGAAACAGUCUACUAAUAGAAGAAUCGCUAUUAAGGAAAUUAAGACAUCUGAAUUCAAAGAUGGUCUAGAUAUGUCUGCUAUUAGAGAAGUAAAAUAUUUACAAGAGUUACGGCAUGAAAAUAUCAUUGAAUUGGUGGAUAUUUUCAUGGCAUACGAUAAUUUAAAUCUAGUAUUAGAAUUUCUACCAACUGAUUUAGAAAGAAUAAUUAAGGAUAAUUCAAUAAUAUUUUCUCCAUCUGAUAUCAAGUCAUGGAUUUUAAUGACUCUACGUGGAGUUCAUCAUUGCCAUCGUAAUUUCAUAUUACAUAGAGAUCUAAAACCAAAUAAUUUAUUAAUAUCUCCUAAUGGGAUUAUUAAACUAGCCGAUUUUGGGUUGGCAAGAGCCAUUCCAGCAGCUCAUGAAAUGCUAACCUCUAAUGUUGUUACUCGUUGGUACAGAGCCCCUGAACUUUUAUUUGGUGCCAAACAUUAUACGACUGCUGUCGAUAUUUGGUCAGUUGGGAUUAUUUUCGCAGAGUUAAUGCUAAGAAUUCCAUAUUUACCAGGCCGUGAUGAUAUAGAUCAAAUUGAUGUUACAUUUAGGGCUCUUGGAACGCCAACUGAUAGAGAUUGGCCACAAGUCUCUUCAUUUUCCACUUACAAUAAGUUGCAAAUUUAUCCUCCACCAUCAAGAGACGAGUUAAGAAAAAGGUUUAUAGCAGCAAGCGAACGAGCUCUGGAUUUAAUGAUUGGAAUGUUGAUGAUGAACCCAUUUAAAAGAUGGAGCGCUAUCCAGUGCCUGGAGAGUGAAUAUUUUAAAGAACUACCAGAACCUAGUGAUCCCGCAUUAUUUGCAAGCUUAGCUAAUAUAUCGAACGAUUGA